AUGAAUAAAAAAUACAAUGAUUUCGAAAAUAGAAAAAGAAAUAAGCAAAAUGGAAAAAAGGAUUUCAAUAGAGCCAAUUUAAAGAACAGGGAUAAAAACUUCAAGCAAAAAAAUGCAAAAUUAAAAAACGUAUACGUAGGUAAAAACAAAAAUUGGAAAGGGAAAAUAAACAGUAAUGCAAUAUAUAGCCCUGAUAAAAAUAACAGCAGGCAAAGUAGUAACGAUAGGCGUAAUAAUGAUAGAGGAAACUAUAAUGAAUAUAAUAAAAAAGAAAUUGUUGAUAUUGAUGAGAUGUUAAAGGAUUAUUCUGACAACAAAAUAACUUUAAAAAAAACAGAUGAGACUUUUAUUUUACAUUUAUGUAAGUUAUAUAAUAUAAGUGAAUUUUGGGUUUUGUUAAAAAAAGGGAUGGAAGAUGUAGUUUCAAAAUAUGUUAUAAAAAAAAAGAAAAAAAAUUUACAAUAUGAUAAUAUAAAUUUUUACAUUAAAAAAUUGCAAAAAAGAAAAAAAAAAGUAUAUAAGAAUUACAUUGAAAAUGAUGAUAUGAUAAAUCAUACAAAAGAAGAUAACGAAGAAAAUGAUGACGAUGAAAAAACAAAAGAUGAUUUACCAAAUGGAGAUGAUUUUAACGAUACAAAUAUGACAUCAUUUAGCCAAAAAAUGUUUUUUUAUGAUAUAGAAGAUACAUUAUUCGAUAUUGAUAAUGAUCAAAUUAGUGUAAAUAAAAAGGCGUGGAAAAAAAAAAUAAAAAACUUAUUAAAAAAAAAAACCCAAUCAUCAGAAAUCCCUAAAGAUGAUAGUGAAGAUGGUAAUGAUUCUAAUGAUAACUCAGAAAAAACAAAAAAAAACAAAGAAUACUCUAUCAGUUACAGCAAUAUACCUAUAUAUUUGAGACAAAUUUAUGAUAUAGAAAACGAAUUUAGUGAUAAUGCCCAAGAAGACAUAGAACAAGUUAACAUCAAAAAAAUAGCAAAGCAAAAGGUAAACAUGAGUAAUAUAUAUAAAUUGUUGUACGAUAUAGGGCUUACAAUGAUGUACCACAAUUUUAACGUAUAUAUAGAAAAACAUGCAGAAGAUGAAGAACAACUACAUUUAGAAAUAAUUCAUAAUAAAAAUAAUAUAUUUAGUGAUAGAAUUAAUAAUAUGGUUGUAUUAAUAAAAAAAAAACCAUUAAUAUACAUAAUGUAUGCAAAAGUAUUAAUUGAUUCGUAUAAAAAAAAAGAGAAUGUAUUUUUAAAAAAAUCAAUAUUAGAAUGCUUGAAGCAUAUAUUUUUAUUUGUUUUACAUAAAGAAAAUUUAUUAACAUUUGAAGAAAAUGAUCAAAAUGUAUUAAAUUAUAUAUUAAAUAUAUUUUUUAACAGAUUUAAUUUUAAGGAUUAUAAUGUAUCUUCCUUUUAUUUCUUUUUUAAUUCUUUAAUAUAUAUAUAUGCAUUUGAACAUUUUACAAAAAAGUUAUUUAUACAAUAUAAUUUUAUUUUAAAAAAUGCUGUAUAUAGUAUGAUACCGAGUUUGUUUUUUGUAUCAUCAAAUAAUAUAAAUGAAUUUUGCUUAAAAAAAAAAGAAAAUAGAUACACAAAUUUAAAUGUAUUAUUAGAAGCCUACAUGACCCAAACAAAAGGAAAUCCAAUUUUUUUAAAAUUUAUAAAACAUUUUAUACACAUUGACGAAUUUAGAGAUUAUAUUGUCUUUUAUUUUUUUGAAAAAAUAUUAUCAAAUAUAGCAUAUUGUGUUAAUAUUAUUGUUAAUGCUUUAAGAGAAAAACAAAAUAUGGAAAAGGCUGCAGAGAGUUUUAAAAAUGAAGUUAUAUAUAUUAACAGAUGCUUAUAUGUUAUAUAUAAAGUCAAAUGCCAAACUAUGAAUGAUAUAACUGAACAUAUCAUAUAUUUUUCAACAUACAUGUUUGACUUAUUUUCACUAAACAUAUAUGAGUUACAUGAAAAAAGAAACAUACUUUUGACGUCAUGGAGUAUUGAAAAAACGAAAUAUAUGAAGAAUAUUCAAGAAAUAGACAAAAAUAAUAGUGAAAAUAACAAUGUAAAGCUAAAUGGUGGUGAAAAUGGUCACGUACACACCAAUAAUAUAGAUACCACAAAUGGUACUCAUAAAAAUGAUGAUCAUAAUAAUGACAUAAACAAAGAAUCUCAAAUGACUAUAAAAACAAAUGGUGAUAUUUCUAAUAAUAAUUUAAAUAUGAAUGAACAAACCGAAAAAGAAUAUAAAGAUGAUAAUGAUGAAAAAAAAAAUACAGUAAAAGAGGAUGAAAAAAAGAAAAAUAAAAAAAAUGCUGAAAUAAAUAUUUUCCAUAAAUAUUGCUUGUAUGGAUAUUUAAGUAAAAAAAUUGUCAAACUUUUAUCAAGUAUAUUAGUAAAAAAUAUAUAUUUUAUAAUAUGUAGUAAAAGUGCACCAACAACAAAUGAGGAAAAUGAUAUCGAAGAAAACAAAUCUCAAGAUAAAAAAUAUUUAAACAGCUUAAAUUUUAUAUCCAUAUUAAAAGUUAUAAAAAGUGUAGAUUCUUAUAAAAUUAAAAUAAACUUUUUAAUAGUAAUGUUUUUGUUACUAUAUUGUUCUCAGCAAUUAGACGAUAAUGUUUAUUGUUUUUUUUAUAGUAUACUAAAAGAUAUAAAUUAUUAUGAAUGUUAUCAUACUUAUAAUUUUUAUAGUUUAAUGACAGUUUUAAUAUUAACAGAUCCAAAUUUAAUAAGAAAUUUGAGUUUUAUAAAAAGAAUAUUUCAGUUUAGUAUCCAUUCAAAAGAAACCUGGACAUAUAUCUAUUCAUUAAACAUGAUAAAAUAUUUAGUUUUUAAAAAAAAUAUGUUAAUGAAAUUCUUAUUUAAUAAUGAAAAUAAAUUAUGUGAUGAUAAUAUAAAUUAUGUUAAAAAUAUGCACAUGCUUAAAUUUAAGAAAUAUCACAAGGAUAAUGAAGUUUAUAAAGUUGAUGAUAAAAUUUUCAUUUAUAAUAAAUCAGUAAAUAACCCUUUAGAUUCUAAUUCAGUAUUAACACAUUUAUAUGAAUUUUACAAUUUUACAUCCAUGUUAAAUAAUAACUUUGACAAUCUAUUAUUGGAAUUUAGAAAUAUUAAUAUUUUUAAUAGCAUGUCUACCUUUAGCAGUAAACCGAAUAAAAAUGAUAAAUCUAAUAAUAGUAGUGCACAAAUUACUCACAACAAUGGCAAUGCGGAUAAAGAAAAUUCUACAUCGAUAGGAGAUGAAGCUUACAAUUAUAACAACCAAACAAGUGAACAACAAAGUGAAGAAAAACGAGGCGAUGGAAAUAUGGAUGGAAAUUCAAACAAUGUUGUUGUUUCUACUACAGUUACUAAUGAGGAUGGAAAAGAGGAUUCAAAUGUAGAUGACAUAAUUAUUAAUAUAAAAAAUAAACACAAUAAAAAGUAUAAUAUGGCUGAAGACUACGAAAUUGAUCAUACAAAUAAUAAUAAUGCGGAAAACAGUGUUCAAAAAUCUCUAAAUAAAACUAAAUAUGAACUCCAAAAAGGUAAUCGUCUGAAUUAUGAAACUCAUAAAACUUCAUAUAGUACACAUAUAGUAAUAAAUAUUAUGGAAAGACUAGCUUUUAAUUAUAAAACUGCAAUGGAUCAAUUAAGCAUGCAUUCCAUCUUUAGUAACUUUUUGCAUGAUUGCUGUAUUAAUGAAAGUAUUCAAAAUAAUGAUGGAACUGUAAACCAUGGAAAAUUAAAAUUAUAUAAUAACGCUUAUCAAAAAUAUUAUUAUGACAUAUUACAUUUAUAUAAUAAUAGCAGUUUUAAAAAAUUUAAAGAUAAAUAUAAAGCUAAAAGUAAAACACAAAAAGAUAAUGAACACAGAGAUGAAGAUUCAACUUCCUCAAUCGAUGAAGAACAAGAAGAAGAUCGAUUUUUAGAUGAAUAUAUAGCCAAAAAUUUUGACUUAGAUAAUAAUUUAAAUGAAUAUGGUGAUAAUGAGGAUGACGAUGAUUUAUUUUUAAAUAUUAAUAAUAAGAAGAAAUCCAAGAAAGCUUUUAAAGAUGAAUCAGCUACAAAUAAAAAAAGAAAUUUAACAUCAGUUUCUUCGAAUAAAAAAAAAUCACAAAAAAAAAGGCAUAAAUCUGAGCAACUGUCUGAUGACAACAUAUUAGAAUUUUCAGAUUUUGUUAAAUCAAAAAAAAAAUAA